CUUUCUUUCUUGAUGAAAACAACCUGGAAAAUUUCUUUAAAAUAAGUGGAAAAAGACAUGGAAUUUUUCUGUGAAUCACUUAAAGCCACGAGGUUUUCGUAUCGACUGAAGUGAUCGACAUGGAGUACAUGGAAGCAAACAAACAAGUAAUAAUAGACUUGGUUUUAAACAACAACACUCAUAGAGACAUCUCCAAAUACCUUCAGGAGGCAUUUCCAGAAGWAGAGAGGGGUUUCUCGGAAAGAAAUGUCAGAUUAUUUUGUUCUAACAACGGCAUAAAGAAGAUGGAAGCUCAUGAAGUCGACCAAAUAGUGGAGAAGUGCGUCAAUGAAGUAGGGCCAACCUAUGGAAGAADAAUGAUGUUUGGAUAUGUGUCUAGUAAGGGUCAUUCUUUGACGAAAAACCAAACUAGAGAAUCAUUGAGGAGAGUCAAUCCAGACAGCAAUCGCAAGYGAGGUGCAGAUGCUGUUAGAAGAAGCAAUCCAACGCCUUACACAGCCCUUUAUCACGGUCAAAAGCUUCAUUGCGAUCAMAACGAAAAACUUCAAAAAUAUGGUUGCACAUUCAUAGCUUUCAGUGAUGGUUACAGCCGUAGGAUAGUGUCCCUUUUUCUGAUGCCGAAGAAAAACGCUAUUACCRCUUACUCAUACUUUAGAGAGCUACUACUACAAGAAGGAAUAUGGGAUAUGGUGCGAGUGGACCAUGGGACAGAGUUUGCCCUUAUGCUGUUCGUUCAGCAGAUGCUUAAAGAUUACAGAGGCAAUACAAAUUGUGAAUCGUUCAUACAGACUCAAUCCCGCGAAAAUCUACGAGCUGAAAGAAAGUGGCCAGAGCUAAACCAAAGGGUUAUAUAUCCUAUAAAGGAAGUKCUUGUUUCCAUGGAGAAUCGACUAUUGAUCAACCUUUACGAUCCAGUUGUAAAAUUUUGCGUCUCCGUUGUGACGAUGAGCGUUGCUGAAGUCGGAGCAAAGCGSGUUSUUUCCRCAUKGAAUGCACAUCCUAUAGAGGGUAAGAUACAAUUUUAUCGGAUUUAAAUGUUCUUGAGUUGUGAAAUAAUGUUCAUGAGUUAAGUUUUGAAAUAAUGUUCUUGAGUUAUCAAGUAAUUGUUCUUGAGUUAUGUUAAAUGUUCUGUGUAUAGAAGUUUCCCGUGGAAUAUAUUAAUUGAAUUCAAUAUGUUGAGACUUGCACUUUGAGAGAUUUUGCCUAUGACCUCCGUGCAGGGGCGCCGGAACGUAGCCCCUCAAGUCAAAAAAGCGCUGCGCCGCCACUGCCCUGACUUACCCAUGAAAUGCUGGAAAGUGGGUAGGGGUGCUUGACGAUA